ACAGGCAAAGGAAAAGCGUCAGUGGUUACCGUCUAACACCUCGGAGUAGUCCUGUGACCUGAUUUGAGGCAUUAAUAAUAUAUUUAUUCUAUUUGAUAGUCAGUUUGGAUUGAACUAGUUUUUUUUCCAAAGUUGUCAGUUCUAAUGAAAUAAAUAAAAUAAAAAAAACAGCUAAAGCUAAGGUCGACUGAGGAGGAUGUGGUUUAAAUGCUAUUCAUUGCAACAAGCUAGCUAGCCGACUAGCAAUUGUUGAAAGAUAUAAACGUUGAUUACGAGUCCAGCGAAGCAGUAGAGUCUGAAACAGCACGGAAUGUAGUGUGGAAGUGAGCUGACAGCAGUCAGAGACAAGUAAGACGAGGCGAGGCGGUCGGGCAGAGGUCAGCGUUGGGUGGUCACCAACUGCCCCGUCAUGAGGGUGCGCUUGUCACGCAAGCUGGGCCUGCUGGCCAAGGCGGGCAUGGUGCUGUGGCUCAUGUGGGUCACCUACCUGCUCGUCUCCCGCGCCGCCUUCAUCCCCCCCCCCUCCGCGGACUCCGCCGGGUCCAAAGACGAGACGGGCCUGGCGGUAGGUGGCCGGGUGGAGCGGGCGGUGGAGGUGGAGGACGCGGAGGCCCUGCGGCAACCCGUGUACCGGAAGCCGCCGGCGGACAGCAACGCGCCGGGCGAGUGGGGCAAGGCCACGCGGCUCACGCUGACGGACGACGAGAAGAAGCUGCAGGAGGAGACCAUCGAGCGCUACGCCAUCAACAUCUUCGUGUCUGACCACAUCUCGCUACACCGUCACAUCCAGGAUAACCGGAUGUACGAGUGUCGGACGAAGGUGUUUGACGUGCGGCAUCUACCCACUACAUCGGUGAUCAUUGCCUUCUACAAUGAGGCCUGGUCCACACUGCUGAGGACCAUCCACAGCGUUCUGGAGACCACGCCCGCCAUCCUGCUGCGUGAGAUUAUCCUCAUCGACGACUUCAGCGACCGCAGCUAUCUGAAGACACAGCUGGCGGAUUACAUCAGCAACCUGGAGCGCGUGCGCCUCAUCCGCACCAACAAGCGCGAGGGCCUGGUGCGGGCGCGGCUCAUCGGCGCCACCUACGCCACAGGUGACGUGCUGACCUUCCUGGACUGCCACUGCGAGUGUGUGCCCGGCUGGAUCGAGCCACUGCUGGAGAGGAUUGGUGAGAACCAGAGCACCAUCGUGUGCCCGGUGAUUGACACCAUCGACUGGAACACCUUUGAGUUCUACAUGCAGACGGACGAGCCCAUGAUCGGGGGAUUCGACUGGCGCCUGACCUUCCAGUGGCACGCCGUGCCCCUGCCAGAGCGGAGGAGACGCAAGUCUCGCAUCGACCCCAUCAGGUCUCCUACUAUGGCUGGAGGUCUGUUUGCAGUCAGUAAGGCCUACUUUGAGUACUUGGGCACUUACGAUAUGGGCAUGGAAGUGUGGGGGGGAGAGAACCUGGAACUUUCUUUCAGAGUGUGGCAGUGUGGAGGCUCGCUGGAGAUCCACCCCUGCUCCCACGUGGGCCACGUCUUCCCCAAGAAGGCCCCUUAUGCCCGGCCCAACUUCCUACAGAACACUGUCCGAGCCGCGGAAGUCUGGAUGGACUCCUACAAGCACCACUUCUACAAACGAAACCCGCCGGCCCGCAAGGAGUCGUAUGGGGACAUUUCGGAGAGGAUUGUUCUGAGGCAGCGACUGAAGUGCCACAGCUUCGACUGGUAUCUGAAGAAUAUUUACCCAGAGCUCCAUGUGCCUGAAGACAGGGAGGGUUGGCACGGAGCGGUCCGUAGUGCAGGGAUCCGCUCGGAGUGCCUGGACUACAACGCCCCAGAGCACAGCCCUACAGGUGCACACCUGGGCGUGUUUGGUUGCCACGGCCAGGGCGGCAACCAGUACUUUGAGUACACGUCCAAGAAGGAGAUCCGCUUCAACUCGGUGACGGAGCUGUGUGCGGAGGUGCCAAAUGGGCAGAACUACAUUGGAAUGAAGCACUGCCCGCCGGACGGAACUGCUGUGCCUCCCGGCAUCGUCUGGGAGUUCAGAGAUGACGGGAGCAUCUACCAUCCUCACUCGGGAAUGUGCGUCACCUCUUACCGCACAGCGGAGGGCCGCGCAGACAUCCAGAUGAGGAAGUGUACUCCUGGAGACAAAAACCAGCGAUGGAAGUUUGAAUAAAGGAUUAGGGAGUGUGUGUGUGUGUGUGUGUGUGUGUGUGUGUGUGUGUGUAGGAGGGCUGUAGCUCUGUGAGACCUAAGUGCAAUUACCAUAAUGGACUUUGAUACAAGGCUUAGGAGUAAGUGGGAAGUGCCCCUGCUGUGCCUUCUGGAAUGCUGCAGAUCAGACUGAUCUGUGCCCAUAUGCAUUUGGGCAUCAAAGGGGAUCCCAGAAGUAAAGUGCCAAUAUCUUUAUUAUUAGUGUUUAUUUUUGUCAGUCCUCUGUUGUUGUCUUCUUUCAAAAGGGACGUCCAAGAGAUGUGUAGCAGACCAUUUCUGGCUGCUUCAGGCCAGGAUUGAAGGACUGCAAGAGCAAUAGAAGGCUGUGUAAUUUCAUUUAAAUUUGAAUUUGAAUUGAAACUAGGACCAUGUUGGCGAAUUCUGACCACGACUGAAGUACUGCAAGAGCAAUACGAGGCAGUCUAAUUAAGCCCAGUCCUGCUGGAGGGCUUGAUUCGUGCCAACACCAUUACACUACGCAGCUUGGUGAAUGCAAUUGUCAUAGAAGCCUUCUUUUUAUUUUAUUCACAUUACAAAAGAACGGUGUCGCAAUGGGAUUUUUUUGGUGUUUUGUUGUUAAUUUUCUUAUUCUUUUUUCUCUUGUUUUGAUAUUGUUUACACAUCAAUGCCUCUCCACCGUGGGUCUUAUGUGUUGUCGUUUGUUUUAUUGUCUGUGUGUGUCAGCGGUUGCAUUGAAGAGAUUGGCAUGCCCGAGAUAAACCCCAACGCCAGGGAGGUGUGUUAAUACCGUGUCAGUUCCCUCAGCUAGUUUGGGGUUUUACCCUCCGUCCAGUGCUGGAGGGAUUCCCAACCAAUGAGGAGCCAAUUAAAAUAAUCUCCCAUCUGUGAUGCCUUUUUCUAUUUUGGGGAUUUGGGAGAUGUGUGUGUGUGUGUGAGUGUGUGUGUGUGUGUGGGGUGGAGAGUGGGGUGAGGAGAGCUGGUGUCUUUUUGGGAUUAGAUUAAACUUGACUGCUCAGAUUGCUCAUAGAAGAGGAGAGAGAGAGGGAGAGGAUGUGGUUUGCUUACACUCCAGAUGGGACCAUGGGAACUCACUGUGCCUCUGUGUUUUCUACUGUGCCUGAGCAGACUGAUCAUAUGCUGGCCUUAAUAUAGAGAACUACCGUAGGUAUCUUCUUUUGACCUCAUGGAUACUGUGUACAUUAUCUUGAUUGUUGGCCAUUCCAGUUUUCACGCCGCUGAUGCCAUGCUUGUCCAACUUAGAGUGUUAGAGGAGGCUUUCAUGUCAGAGAUGCUUUAAAUCCUAUGCGUGUGUUUGACUGUUCUAUCCAUUUCAAUCUGCCAAUAUGGAUUGAGUGUGGUUUACAACUGUUGUGUCAUUUGGCAUUACUGGUCUGUUUUGACAGGUGCAUACACAUGACCUGUUCUAUGCAGACCUUAUAUGUAUUGCAUAGCACUUAGGGACAGCUUGAGUGUUGACCAAAGUUUUUUUUAAUUGUCCUUAAUACAUGCUGAGUCAAAGCUUUUUAUGUUAAUAUGUUAAUUCUCCCAACGGCCUCUGUUUUAAUCACUGAUUAUUGCAUUUGUGAGCUUUUUUAACACAAUAUCAUGUGCAGUGUCACUGUUUGCACUCAUUCAGUAGCCAGCUGUAACUCUGAAGAUGUUUCUGAAUGGACUCAUCACGCAUCAUCUUCUGUGCUUAUUUGCACUAUGGCGUGACUCAGAAGUGACACGUCCUUAUCUGGAAAGUGACCUUUAACCUUGUUUUUCUUACCCCCACCCCCACCCCAAGUCUGUCAGUCUAGUGCAUUAAUAUCUGUGUCUGAAAAUUAUUCUCAAUUUGUAAAGGGACCUAAGUGGGACUGUGCAAAAAAAAUCUAUAUUUUUAAAAUAAUAUGUUCUUAUGUGAUUGAGGCCAAAUGGUGAUUAAAGUUGAUUCUAAUAAA